AUCGUCAGCAUCAGUUUGAAGUCAAAUCUGACAGCCGCUGCCUUGCCCGGUGCGUUUUGCUUCUCUUUCACUCUCUGGUGGUCAGCCCGGCUCGUUUAAGAGUUCAGUCGGGACUGUGGGAGCGCAUCUGAUCACCGCCUUCAACUUGGGGUGAAGAAAGACAGGGGAAACUCCUCGGGAUUCUCCGUACACCGAGCUCUGAUCCCGGUAUUCUGUGUUUGACGUGUUGAAGUGCUUCUUAAGGAGAAUUCUGGGGGGAUUUCUUGCUCUUUCAUUCCUCAAGGAUGAAGCAGAACAGUGGACCUGUGUACUGAAACAGCUCCCACUUUUAACCGUAAUGAUGAACCAUGAGCAAAGGUUGUGAAGGCCUGUUUCUGUCGUCCUGUUGUACAGUGAGGCAGUGAGCUCACGGUGGAUACAGCAUGCAUGUGUCGACAUAUCCCACGAUGCACUCUGCCAGUCCGGGCCUGCUCCUCCUCAGCUUCCUCUUACUCGCUGAUGCUGACACACCCCCCAGAUUCACAAGAACCCCAGAAGACCAAACAGGAGUCCAGGGGGGAGUGGCCUCCUUUGUGUGCCAGGCCAGUGGAGACCCACAGCCCAAGAUUGUCUGGAACAAAAAAGGCAAAAAAGUCAGCAGCCAGAGAUUUGAGGUUAUAGAGUUUGACGAUGGGUCUGGCUCAGUUCUGAGGAUCCAGCCGCUGAGAACCCCCAGGGAUGAAGCUGUUUAUGAAUGCCAUGCCUCCAACUCGGCGGGAGAGAUCACUGCCUCCACCAGGCUAAGUGUGCUCAGAGAGGACCAGCUGCCCUUGGGGUUCCCCACCAUAGACAUGGGACCCCAGCUAAAAGUGGUGGAGCGUUCUCGGACCGCCACCAUGCUCUGUGCUGCUAGCGGCAACCCUGACCCAGAAAUUACCUGGUUCAAAGAUUUCCUGCCAGUCAACACGUCCAGUAACAAUGGACGCAUUAAACAGCUCCGCUCAGAGUCCUUUGGUGGCACGCCCAUACGAGGUGCCCUCCAGAUAGAGAUGAGUGAGGAGUCAGACCAGGGGAAGUAUGAGUGUGUUGCCACCAACAGCGAUGGGACACGCUACUCCACCCCAGCUAACCUCUAUGUGAGAGAGCUACGAGAAGUGCGACGUGUCCCCCCUCGCUUCUCCAUCCCACCAGCGGACAGCGAGAUCAUGCCAGGGGGGAACGUUAACAUCACCUGCGUCGCAGUGGGCUCCCCUAUGCCAUACGUGAAGUGGAUGCUGGGAGCAGAGGACCUGACACCCGAGGACGACAUGCCGAUCGGCCGCAAUGUCCUGGAACUGACUGAUGUACGACAGUCCAACAAUUACACAUGUGUCGCCAUGUCGACACUGGGUGUGAUUGAGGCUGUGGCACAGAUUAUUGUGAAAGCCCUACCGAAGGCUCCUGGCACACCUGUGGUGACUGAAAGAACUGCAACCAGUAUUACUCUUACCUGGGAUUCUGGCAACCCUGAGCCUGUCUCCUACUAUAUUAUUCAGCACCGUGCCAAAGGCUCCGAGGACCCCUAUAAAGAGAUUGAUGGUAUCGCCACAACUCGCUACAGUGUGGGUGGACUCAGCCCAUACUCCCACUACGACUUUCGGGUGGCAGCCGUUAACACUAUUGGGCAGGGUCCCUCAAGUGAGGUGGUAGAGGCUCGCACAGCUGAGCAGGCCCCCUCCUCACCUCCUCGACAGGUUAGAGGUCGUAUGCUGAGCACCACAACAGCAAUCAUUCACUGGGAUGAGCCAGAGGAGCCCAAUGGGCAGGUGGUCGGCUUUAGAGUCUACUACACCUCUGACAACACGCUACCAGUCAACCAGUGGGAGAAGCAGAUGGUGCGCAGCGCCAACUUCAUCACCAUCCAGGGUCUGACUCCUAACAAGACAUAUUACAUCAAAGUUUUGGCCUUCACUUCUGUAGGAGACGGACCUCUGUCCCAGGACUUGCAGAUAAUUGCCAAGACUGGAGUUCCAUCACAGCCCUCAGAAUUUAAAGGUGAAGCAAAGUCUGAGACCAGUAUCCUGUUGUCCUGGGUGGCACCACCUCAGGGUGGCCCUGACAACCAGAUCACAGGAUAUGAAUUGGUCUACCGCCGAGCUGAUGACACAGAAGAGAAGAAAGUGAGUUUUGAGCCCACCACCUCCUAUCUGUUAAAGAACCUGAAGCCUUUCUCCACCUACACCUUCCAACUCGCCGCCAAGAGCAAACAUGGAAUUGGAGCAUACACCAAUGAAGUGUCUAUUGACACGCCUCAGACGCUUCCUUCAGCACCACCCCAGGACAUCACAUGCUCUAGUCCCAGUUCUACCAGCAUUCUGGUAAGUUGGGCACCACCUCCUGUGGAGUUUCAGAACGGCAUCAUAUCAGGAUACUCCAUCCAGUACUCCAAUACUGAAGGCAACAAAACAUCGAAGCGAAUUGAUGGAAUACCACCGGAAAGUUCACCGUAUCUCCUGGAAAACCUGGAGAAAUGGACUGAGUAUGGGAUAACAGUACGAGCACAGACAGAAGCUGGAGAUGGACCCGAAAGUUUACAGCUACUUAUCCGCACUGAGGAAGAUGUUCCAAGUGGUCCUCCGCGAGGGGUGGAGGCAGAGACUGUGAACUCCUCAGCUCUUAAAGUGACAUGGCGAGCACCAGCGCCUGAACGGCAGCACGGUCAGAUCCGAGGCUACCAAGUCCACUACGUUAGGAUGAACUACGGCGAGCCACAGGGUCAGCCCCUCAUCAAAGACAUCCUCAUAGAGGACUCGCAGUGGGGAUACGAUGACUCAGCUGAAUAUGAGGUAGUUCUCGGAGACCUGAAGGCAGACACCUCCUACUCCAUAUCAGUGGGGGCUUACACUGCCAAAGGCGAUGGUGCACGCAGCAAACCCGUUACUGUCUGCACCGCCCUGCCGCUGCCUGAAAAGCCUAAACUGAUGGUGAGUGCCACUGAUUCAGGUACAGCUCUGCUUCAGUGGUAUCCACCUCCCAACCCUCCCACUCAGCUCCUCGGGUACCGCCUCACCUUUGGUCGUACUGACGUCCUUCCCUUUACGGUGGUGGAGUUUCCAGCCAAGGAAAACCGUUUCACCGCCCAAGAUGUCCACAAGGGAGCAAGCUAUGUAUUCAGACUCUCCGCCCGCAACAAAAUGGGCUAUGGUGAAGAGGCAGUAAAGGAGGUGACAACUCCAGAAGAUGCUCCGAGUGGAUACCCCGAAAAUAUCAUCGCUGAGGGUGCCGCUGCCACCUCCAUCCGAAUAGCAUGGAAAUCAGUGCCCCUAAUUGAGCAGAAUGGGAAAAUAACUAAAUACUCAGUACUGUACAAGGAUAUAAACAGUCGAGGGAAUGCCUCAGAAGUUGUUGUACCCUCUCCGGGGUCGAGUGUUUUGUUGGAAGGUCUGAGUGCCGAUACAGUGUAUGAUGUCAGGGUGUGCGCUUUUACAGCUGUCGGCCCUGGGCCAUACAGCCCCAGUGUCCAGUUUCGGACGCAGCGGCUAGACCAAGUUUUUGCUACCAACUUCAGAGUAAAAGCUGCCAUGAAGAACUCUGUUCUCCUCUCCUGGGAGAUCCGAGACAAGAAUCCUUCUCAGCCUUUCACUAUCCUCUAUGGAAAGGGCCAGUCUGUGGAAGUGGAUGGGAAACAGACUCAGAAGCUGAUCACUGGUUUGGAGCCGGAUACUCAGUAUUCAUUUCUGCUCACCAACCGGGCCAACAGCGCCGGUGGCCUGCAGCACCGUGUCACCGCCACCACAGCCCCAGACAUCCUGAAAACCAAACCCACAGUGGUGGGAAAAACCAAUGCAGAUGGUAUGGUGACUGUGCAGCUGCCGACGGUACAGACCAUCGCUAAAGUCAGGGGUUACUAUGUAGUGGUGGUGCCGCUGAAGAAGCAGAGAGGGGGCAAGUUUCUGAAUCCAUGGGACGAGCCUGAUCAGAUGAACCUAGAUGAGCUUCUAAAGGAGAUCAACAGGACUAGCGUCAGCCGUGCUCUUCGCAUCCGCAGACAAGCCGGCCAGUCAGAUCUGAGGGCAUAUGUCACAGCUCACUUUAAAACCCUUCCUCUUGAGUUUACGUUGGGUGACGGACGGAACUAUGGAGACUUCCGCAACCGUCCGCUGCAGAAUGGGCAGGAAUACGUGUUCUUUGUGCUUGCGUUGCUGGACCUCUCAGAAAAUACAAUGUACUCCACAAGUCCUUACUCUGAUCCCGUGACCUCAUCGGAUGUGGAUCCUCAACCAAUCAUUGACGAGGAGGAGGGCCUUUUGUGGGUGGUGGGGCCGGUGCUGGCAGUCAUCUUCAUCGUCUGCAUCGUCAUUGCCAUUCUUCUCUUUAAGAGCAAACCUGACAGGAAAAGGGCUGAGGCUGAGGGCAGGAAGGGUAGUUUUCCGUGCAGCAAAGCCAUGUCAUCCCACCAUCCCACUGAUCCUGUGGAGCUACGGAGGAUCAACUUCCAAACUCCAGGCAUGGCAAGUCACCCACCCGUCCCCAUCUCUGAGCUGGCAGAUCACAUUGAGCGCCUAAAGGCAAACGACAAUCUCAAGUUCUCUCAAGAGUACGAGUCCGUUGACCCUGGUCAGCAGUUCACAUGGGAGAACUCCAACUUGGAGGUCAACAAACCAAAGAACCGCUACGCUAACGUCAUUGCCUAUGAUCACUCCAGGGUUAUACUCUCCAGCAUUGAGGGUGUCCCAGGCAGUGACUACAUCAACGCUAACUAUAUUGAUGGCUACCGCCGUCAGAAUGCCUAUAUCGCCACUCAGGGCUCCCUCCCUGAGACCUUCGGGGACUUCUGGAGGAUGGUCUGGGAGCAGCACACAGCCAACAUUAUCAUGAUGACCAAGCUGGAAGAGAAGUCAAGGAUGCCCUCUUAUUUCUUCUCUAAGGUGAAGUGUGAUCAGUAUUGGCCAACGCGGGGCACAGAGACCUACGGCCUCAUCCAAGUCACUCUGCUGGACACAGUGGAGUUGGCUACCUACUCCGUCAGGACCUUCGCUCUUUACAAGAGUGGCUCCAAUGAGAAGCGUGAAGUUCGUCACUUCCAGUUUACAGCCUGGCCUGACCACGGGGUGCCUGAACACCCAACACCUUUCUUAGCAUUCCUGCGCAGAGUCAAGGCCUGCAACCCUCCAGAUGCAGGACCUAUGGUUGUUCACUGCAGCGCUGGAGUGGGCCGCACAGGCUGCUUCAUCGUUAUCGACGCCAUGACAGAAAGAAUCAAGCAUGAGAAGACCAUCGACAUCUACGGCCAUGUCACGCUGAUGCGCUCCCAGAGGAACUACAUGGUCCAGACGGAGGACCAGUACAUCUUCAUUCAUGAUGCACUGCUGGAGGCUGUGACCUGUGGGAACACCGAGGUCCCCGCUAGAAACCUGUACUCGUACAUUCAGAGGCUGACGCAGAUUGAGCCAGGAGAAAAUGUGACCGGCAUGGAGCUGGAGUUCAAGCGUCUGGCCAGUGCCAAGGCUCACACAUCCCGAUUCGUGAGUGCCAACUUGCCUUGCAACAAGUUCAAAAACCGGCUGGUGAACAUCAUGCCCUAUGAGACAACACGUGUUUGUCUGCAGCCAAUCAGAGGAGUGGAAGGAUCUGACUAUAUCAACGCCAGCUUCAUUGAUGGAUACAGGCAGCAGAAGGCCUACAUAGCAACCCAAGGCCCACUGGCAGAGACAACAGAGGACUACUGGAGGAUGUUAUGGGAACACAACUCCACUAUAGUGGUCAUGCUAACCAAACUGAGAGAAAUGGGACGGGAGAAGUGUCAUCAGUACUGGCCCGCUGAACGCUCAGCCAGGUACCAGUACUUCGUAGUGGAUCCCAUGGCUGAGUACAACAUGCCCCAAUACAUCCUCAGAGAGUUCAAAGUCACCGAUGCCAGGGAUGGCCAGUCACGAACAGUUCGUCAAUUCCAGUUCACUGAUUGGCCAGAGCAAGGAGUGCCAAAGUCAGGGGAGGGGUUCAUUGAUUUCAUCGGCCAAGUGCACAAGACUAAAGAACAGUUUGGCCAGGACGGGCCAAUAAGUGUGCACUGCAGCGCCGGAGUGGGAAGGACCGGUGUGUUCAUCACCCUCAGCAUUGUGCUGGAGAGGAUGAGGUAUGAGGGAGUAGUUGAUAUUUUCCAGACUGUCAAGAUGCUGCGCACCCAGAGACCUGCCACCGUUCAGACAGAGGACCAGUACCAGUUCUGCUACCGCGCCAGUCUGGAGUACCUGGGAAGCUUUGAUCACUAUGCAACAUAAACCCAGUGGCCGUGUCUUUUAUCACAUCCUACCUAGUGCACUUCUCUAAGGUCACACGCGGCCUCAAGUAAAUGCACUAGGCUGCGAUGUGUCUUUGAAGAUUUCGCCACCACAUGCAGAGUGAAGGGGGACCAUCGGCUUAUCCCGUACCCAGAAACAGCACCUCUAACUGAGCCAUAGCAACCUGCUUGACAAGGGUGUUUCCUUCCACCCUCAGCCCAAACACACCCAUUGGUCAGUCUGAAGAAGCAACUUCAACCACUGUUCCAAUCAGAAUACUUGAUCAAAUAUAGAUUUUAUUAGUUUCUGUGCUGUUUGUGAGCACCCAGAUUGCUUUACAUUGUUUGGGUGUGGAACUCUCACCUCGUCCAUCACCAGUGUAGCAUCACCAACCUAAAUACAGGAUCCAGCUACGGUAUUUAGCUGUCACAAGAAAACCGAAGGAGUCUACAAAUCCAUCUUAAUGGAAGCCUCGUGGACUGAAAAGAACUGGGACUUUCGAGCACCAGAGUAUUGCCAACAGGAGACUGAAAACACAGAGCACACAGUAUUAAAAAAGACAAAGAACACGCAUCCAAAAAAAAAGACACCAAGAAGUGUUUUUUUUUUUCUGUUAUGUUUUGGAAACAGACUUUCGUUUCCUCUGAAUGAAAAAGAAGAUAUAUGUAUUUCUAUUAUACAGUAAUAAAAACCACCAGUUCAACCUUAUGCUUCACAAUUUAAAAUAAGGGAAAUUUGAGAGAGGUUUAAAAUGUAUACCACAAAGUAAAACAUUAAUUUAGUUUUUUAGACAAAUAUAGAUAUGUGAUUAUCUUGUUUUUUAAAAACUGGGUAUUACUUAUGGCACGUUAUCCUUCUUAUUUGAGUUUUUUUGUACCGAUGUAAGACUUUUGUCCCCCACUGGCCAUACAAAGGCAAGGUCUUAUUUUUAUUUUCUCUCUUGUUUUUCUGUGUAAUCCAAUGAGCUGUAGCGAUUUUUUUUUUCAAGUGAUACAGUACUGUUUUAAAGUGUACAAUCAAAUCUAGUGUGGAAAGUGUUCACAAAUCUAUGAAAAACACCACCACUGAGUGUCACUCUCCUGUUAUUCUCCACCCACUCUCAUUUUUAAGGAAAAAAAACCCACACACACACAUAUUGGCAUGCACACAGGACUCUGAGCCUCAUUUGAGUCUGGCCCGGGUUGUCAGAACCACAGGGGUACAGUAUUAACCCUGGUAAUAUGAGACAGUCACUAGAAUAAUCCCGCCAAGUUGUUCUAUGUGUGCAUGUUGAGAGGAAGCCAGUAGAACAUAAUGACAGAGAGUAUGCACAGAAAGCAGGAUAGUUCUAUACAACAAAAUCUAUUUAUGUGUCCAAAUAAGCUUCACAAAGAUUUCUCAAGCAGGGAGCGAGAAUGGGAUGUAGAAAAAAGGGGUGGGGGCGGGGUGGUGGGGUGGGAGGGGAGGGGCGGUGUUUGGGAACAAUUUUCUCACUGGAAUGCUCACCUAUGACUUUUCUCUCUGUCUGAUUCAGUGUGCAAUAAGUAGAUGUAUUAUAUAUUUUUGUGUCAAGUCACUAACUGCAGUUAUUAUAUGCCAUUACAUUGAUAUUGAUGAUGAUACUGAUGAUGGUGCAUAAUUUUUCCAGACACAAGGAUGUUCCGAUCAAUAUGUUUCCCGCCACUGUUCAAUGUAUCCAAACAGAGGGGUAACCUCUGACCUUUACGAAGUAUAUCUUUCGUCAUGUCACAGUCCGAGUAGAUGAUGUCAUCCUUCUGUGUGUCACGGCAACAGACGAAUGAUCAAAACGCAUAUUUCAACAGCAUCUAAUAAGUAUUUUGAUUUUAGAUUUCUAGUGCCUUAUAUUACACGCCUAUUUUGAUAAAGUUACUUUAAAGAUUUUUUGUGUAGUUUAUGUAUGUGUGCCAGUAUGUAUGCGAAGCGAAUGUCUGUGUAUUUGAUUUUGUUCUGUUGUAGUAUGUGAAAGUAUAUUGUGCAUUCUGUUUUUGGCUGUGAAAAUUUUGUAUGGAAGGCUCUGUGUAGGCUGGAUAGUUGUACUCAUCAGUCUCAACCCAGCAACAACAUCAUCAUAUCUCUUUUAAUCCAAAAAGGAAAAGAAUCUUACCCAAGACUCAACUAUAGACAAAAACUUGUGGUUUUAAAAUAGUUUAUAAGCAGGAUGGUCUUAUCAUUUUGGAUGGGGAAAAAAGUUUCAAUGUCGGCAGAUUUUGUUUUUUGUUUUGCACAAGCUUUUGUGUAAUAUACUCUAUCAUGGAGACUUCAGUUUGCCUGCCAUGAAAUCUUGGCCACACUACCGACUGUGAGCUGGCUCAGACAAGUCAUACUAGCUCAGCUUUGUAGAAAUCCAGAUGUAAAGUUGAACGGCAGUGGCUUUCUUUGUCAGCUUGAAGAAAAAAAAAAAAGCAAAACAUACGGAUACCUGUAUGUAUCCCACCUUGAAGCCCUUCACGUACGAAGCAGUUAAACUUGUCAUCUACGUCCUCGUUCUGAUGUCUACAGUUCUAUAUUUUUUCAUUUAAUAACUAUUUCUGAGAGAAGUUCAGGUGCUACAUCUCUUAACGACACAGAACCUACAUCAUGUUUUUCUAUCUCCAUUUAAUGCUUGGCCAUGUAAGGGAUCUUUGACAGUUUUCCACCAUCUUGCAGUAACCCUGUUGUCGUUUUUGUAUGCAUGGUACCACUUUUGAGAUGCCCCUUUGGUCACACCUGUUAUGGGAAGACUUGCACUUUCUCUCUUUGUACUAUGCACUAAUACUAGUAUCCUAUUAUCUCUGAUAGCCCCCCAAAAGGAGUUUUACUUGAACUCAGUUAAGAUGGACCCUGUAAUGCUCACAUGGUUGUGUAUAUGUAAAUAACACAGAACACAGAGAGUAAAUGAAAUGAAUAAAUAAAUGAAUGAAUACAUAAAUGAAUGAUUAAAUAAUGAAGAGUCAAUUAAUAUCUAUCAGAUAUACAGAGUGAUAUAAUUAAAAAGGAUGCACCUGAUGCACAGUUUAUGGCACAGCAGUAAGUGCAAUACAUCACCUUGUGGAUUUGUUGUACCACAAAAGAAAAGUUUCACAAAAAAAGUGUUCUAUUUUACCCCCCGAUGUAUCAUGUAGAUGGAUAAAACUGGAGUUUAUAAAUUGUAUAAAAACGAAAAUAUGGUGUGUUACUUGGAUCAGUUACCUCCAAUUGGUCUGUAAAUGUAAACUUUUUUGUUGUUUUCUGCUCCGAGUCAACAAGUGCUUUUUAUUUUCUUACAUUGGUUCUCAGAGCGUGUGAAAAACGAAAAACAGGUCUGUAUGGAUUUCUGUUCUUUGUCGACACAAGUUUCAUUUGUUACAAAUAAACUCAAGUGAAAUAAG